CACUUAAUUCUUUUGGGUUUUAUGAUGCGUGACGUGGACAUGGGUGGGUGUUUUUCUUCUCCAAACGGACAUGAUAAAAGCACACUGCUUCUUGCGCUGGCCUACUUUACUUCAUAAAGACGAGAUACUGUCAGCACGUCCAUCAGCCCCGCAACUACAAGAAAUGCAAUAUAACAGGGACCCAGACACUGUUGUGACCAUCGUCAACCCUGUGGAGCAUCCCAGAGACUAUGUGGUAUGGUCCAUCUGCAGCUUCUUCCACGCAAACCCCUUUUGCCUCGGACUGUUGGCGCUGAUCUUCUCAUUCAAGGCGGAGCUCCAAACUACUUCCCCAACAGCUUCAGUGCCCCUGACUGCCAGCCUUGCUUCCUGGAGUCAAAGUUCAAGGUGUCCCCAGACGUAACACGUUACAACAGCGCCAACGAUGACAAUUACACGCGGGCGGGGACCUUCUACAGCAAGGUUCUGAGUGAGGAGGAGCGACAGAGACUUUGUCAGAACCUGGCCGGAGCCCUGAAGGGAGCCCAGGUCUUCAUCCAGGAACGCAUGGUACUGCACCUGAUGGCUAUCCAUCCCGACUACGGAAAGCAGGUCCAGAGCCUGCUCACCAAGCACAAUGCCGAGGCUCAGAAGAACUCCAAUGUACACGUCUACACCCGUCCUACAGUCAUUAAUGCCUCCGCAAAAAUGUGAGGUCAUAUAUCUUGACCAGGUAGCAGGCCCAAGAUGGCUUCCGCAGUAACUGAUUUCCACCAGUUUAAAGAAAUAUAUCUUGUACUAAUAAUAAUGUAACCAAUCUGGGCUUAAUAACAAUGUCAAAGAAAAAAAUUGAAGAAUAUUUUGUAAUCAUUUUCUACUUGUAUGCCCUUAUUAUUGCCUGUUUGUUUUACAUUAUUUUGCUCUGUGCAAGGAAAAUCGGACAUUAAAGCAGUGCCUUUUACUAUAGCUCUACAAUUUGAAGAGCUGAUAAGGGGCUUUUGCUAGUCCGGGUGUGUUUUGUUUUGGUCUCAUGCAUUCCUUUGACUGCUGGCUAUUACUAUAGAUCACAAUGAAGGAGAACUAUGAGGCUCAAUCACAACACUAUUUUAUGAGAAAGUGGGGUGAGCCAAAAUAGCUGAUAAACGCUUUGAAAAUAUAUGAUUGCAAACAAACAUAAUUGAGACAAUUCUCAUAUUCUUCUCUCUAAUGGUUGGUAUAACUUGUACUGUGGAUGGAAAGUUACAAUAAAACGUUUGAACGGAA